AUGGCGCUCCCCUUGCGGACCACUUUGAAACACUUCAUCUGCUUCAUUCAGAGGUUUAAACCCCCGAAAAGGCGCUUCUGCGCUGCAGGAAGCCCGGAAAUCAAGGAGCCUCCGUUAAACGCUCGAGUGUUCUCAGGGAUCCAGCCGACCGGAGUGCCGCAUCUAGGCAACUACUUAGGCGCUCUGGAAAACUGGGUGGCCCUGCAGAACCAGUACCCCUCGGUGCUCUACAGCAUCGUGGACCUGCACUCCAUCACUCAGCCUCAGGACCCAGACAAGCUCAGGAACAACAUCCUGGACAUGGCGGCGAGCUUGCUGGCCUGUGGAAUCAACCCAGAGAAGGCGAUCCUGUUUCAGCAGUCUAAGGUGUCUGAGCACGCCGAGUUCUGCUGGAUCCUCGGCUGCCUGACCAGCAUGCCCCGGCUACGCCACCUACCCCAGUGGAAGAUGAAGAGCAAGCAGAAGAACGAGGGCAGCGUCGGCCUCUACAUCUACCCCGUCCUGCAGGCCGCCGACAUCCUGCUCUACAAGUCCACACACGUCCCCGUCGGAGAGGACCAGGUCCAGCACCUGGAGCUGGCUCAGGAUCUCGCCCGGAUCUUCAACCUGCAUUACGGAGAGCUGUUCCCCGAGCCGCAUGCCCUGCUGAGUUCGACGCGAAAGGUCAAGUCCCUGCGCGACCCCACCUCCAAAAUGUCAAAGUCCGACUCGCAGCCGAUGGCCACCAUCACCGUCACCGACUCCCCGGACGACAUCGCCCUGAAGAUCCGCCGCGCCGUCACGGACUUCACCUCCGAGGUCACCUUCGACCCGCAGGCGCGCCCCGGCGUGUCCAACCUGGUGACCAUCCACGCCGCCGUGGCCAGGCUCAGCGUGGAGGAGGCGGUGUCGGCAGCCAAGGGGCUGGACACGGGGGCGUACAAGGGGCUGGUGAGCGAGGCGGUGAUCCAGAGGCUGGCGCCCAUCAGGGAGGAGAUUCAGAGGCUGAAGGCAGACCCGGGGCACCUGGAGGGGCUGCUGGCCCUGGGGAGCCGCAGGGCCCGGCAGCUGGCCGCACCCGUGCUGGACGAAGUCCGACACAGAGUGGGCUUCAGCUGAAAGACGGCAAUAGCUGGGGGAGAUACGGUUAGUCAAGCUGCUGGGGUUAAAGAUGUCGGAUGUUAGUUUUUUGGGGUUUUUUUUAAUGUUUUUGACAUAUUUCUUAAAACUCUCACCAUGUCGUAAUGUUAUGAGACAAAUAAUAUAAUAAUAAUAAUAAUAUAUAAUCUGUGAAAAUUUUGAUCUCCUGACUUCCCUUGGCUACUGCUGCCGUCUGAAGAAAUGCACCAUCGACAACCAAUCAGAGCCAGGAGGCGGGUCUUAAUGUCAAUCAGCGCGAAAACGCGCUGAAUGUUUAGCGUUGGACGUUUGGCACGUUCAACGCUGCUAAAUGUGCUAACGGCGGACAAACGGCUGAUCCGUUGCAGAAAAACUGUUAACUACUGCUAACGAGCUUAGCAUGCAAACCUUGUUAGGCUGUGCUAUCUGGAAGAAGAAGAGAGGAAGGAUGAACACCACUACACGGAGGGUGAUUGACAGCACUAAGAUCCGCCUCCUGUUUCUAUGUGGUGGCUUCUUGUUGGCACCGGAAAAAGGCAGAGGUGCUUGUUUUUGUUUUUUUUUUUGUUCAGUUUGAUCUCACACCAUACUGUCACAACACGGUGACAGUUUCUAUAUGUAGAAAAAUAUUUUCUUUGAUAAAAGUUACAUACUACAGCUUUAAUAAGUGGACUUUUUAAAAUGAGAAGACAUGUUGCAGUGAUUGUUCUGGUGCUGAAAUGUUGUUGGCUGUGACUUCCACAGUGGGAUGUUUGAAAUCUGACCGCUGGUCACCGACCGAUGGAUCAGACACUGUCACUGGACGCUGGACUCAUUUAUUUAGCUCCAACUCCUCAAUGCAAUACAUUUUUCAUUUUCCCCACUGUGUGUUUUUUAUUUUUUGUCGUAUUUCGUGUGCUGCCAAAACAUUCAAAUCAUCUGAAAGCUAAACAAUAAAAACCCGCCUCACUUAGAGAGUCUUCAGGUUUCAUUGUGAAUUGUUCAAAAGAAACCAAGCAGCAUCGGUUUUACUCGAGCAGAUGAACACGGUCGGGAAGACUAUUUUGUUUCUGGUUUCCUCUUUUAUUUGUUUAUUUUUUAUUUCAAAAGUCAAAACUACAGUCAUGGUGGCAUAAUCUGCUUUGAUGCUUUCCUCUUAUUUUAGCUGUACAUUUUUUAUAUACAUUUUUGAAAACUUAUGGCAACAGAAUCUGCUUUAGCGUGUCCGAUGCUUUCCUUCUUCCAAAACCUGAAGAUCAGACAAAACCAAGACUUUUUGUGACAGAGUUUACUCUACGGUGUUUAUUCUUUUUUUUUUUGCUUCAAAACUGCAUAUUAUAGUUUGAAGCAAACUGUAAUAAGAUGCUUACUGCUUCACUUCAUUUUUAUUUAAUGCAUUUAUUUUCUUUUUUUUUUUUUUUUCCAAAACUGAAGAUUAAGGUUAUAGUGACAGAAUCUACUCUAAAGUAUCUGAUGCUUCCCUUUCUUUUAUUGUUUGUUUUUAUUUUUACUUCAAAGGCGAAGAUUAUAGUUGUGGUGACAUAAUCUACUUUACAGUACUUAAUGCUUUCAUUUUCUAUAUAUGUAUUUUUUAUGUAAUUUAAUAUUUGUGUUAUUUUUCCAAAAUCGAAGUUGAUAUUUAAAAUGACAGAAUAUCCUGUCAUUUUAAGGUGCUUAAAUGUUUUCCUUUUUUUUGUUUAAUUUUCAAAACUGAAGAUUAUACUUGUGGUGACAUAAUCUCCUUUAAAUAGAUUGAUUGUUCCCUUUCUCUUUUUCACUUUAUAUUUCUUUCUGAACUGAAGGUGACUCCCGGAGUCGGGAUCUGCUUUAUGACGUUUGAUGCGUCGGUUGCUCAUCUCCCCGUCUGGAUGUCGACACUCUGUCCUGUGUGUUGCCGCCGUGUCGGCCUUCGUGCAAAUGAAUUUUUCAUUCCAGUUGUGUGAUCUCACUCUGAACAUUUUAGAAAAGCCCAGCCAUUAGUUCGACUAAUUAUUUUGUGGAGCACAAAAAAAAAAAAGGAAAAUCCAAAAGUCCAAUGUGAAAAUAAUUGAUUUGUUUUCUACAAAAGUGUUUAAGUUUGGAAGCUGCCAGAGCCGGGGAAAUAAAUUCAGGAGCGGGAUCUCGUUAUAGCGAGAUAUAAAACUGCAUUCCUCUGACGGAUUUCCACUUCAUAGGCAUACAGGGACUCCCUCUGACUCUCCGUGUUCUCACUCCGUUCCUCUAGAAGACAUUCAGACAUCCCGCGAGGUGUUGCCGUUUUACUGUUACGAUCGCUCUCUCGUUUAACCGGGAACAUAUUUCGGUUUUAAUGAGGUAUAAAUCUUGUUAUAACGAGUCUUAUAUCUCGCCUUAAAACGGGAAAACGUUCUCAUUUUUAACAAGGUUUGUAUCUCUCUUUUAGCUUUCCAAUAAAUCAAGGUGUCACAGUUAUUUGGAUCUCCGCUGUUUGUACUUUGUUCAGCCUCCAUUUGGCAACGCGACGGGACAUAUUCUUCUCCUGUAACGUUUUACAAGGCUGGAGCUUGCUCCACAGUUUUUUCUUUUAAACAACAAAAACAAAAAAAAAAAACAGGGUUUAGGUCUAAUGGCUGGAGCCAUUUAAUAAGGCUGAGGUUUGCGUCUGAUGAAGCAUUUCUGUUGCUUUGGCCUUUUUGGGUCAAUGUCCGACUGGAUUUCCCAGUUCGCAGACAGAAUCCACCAGAUUUCCAAGCACUCAUUGCACAGAAUUCACCAUUUCAUUGACACGAUUCGUGGUGGUCUUUGUCAAAGAGAGAGACACUCAGCGCGUCACAGAUCCUCUACCGUACUUUAUAGCGAUUAAAAGUAUUUCUUUCCUAGAAUGCCACCAUUUGUUUAAAUGAUACAUACAUUAUCUUCUGACCAAAUUGCAGAGUUCAAGUAUUAAAUAGUUGCACAUUUGUGGGAACUUCAGCUCCAGUUGGUGUAACGAUUAAGGCCAGAUAAAUGAGUUCUUGUCCAACCUUGAUAUAGGUUAUUACUCUUUUUUUUUGUCAUUUAAAUUACUGCUCUGUCGUCUGUGCUUGCUAAAAAUUGCUUGUUCUUUUGUCUUUGUCAGUAUUCUGUAAAAUUGGAUGUUUUUGAGCUUUAAAUUGUGCUACAAUGUUGCCGCCUCAUCAAAAACAUACCUGGAGUGUUGCCUUGAUUCUUUCAUGCAUGUUUGAGAAAUACUUCAAUCUCCACGGCAACCAUUCAGCUGCGCAAAACACCUGGGUGGACUUAGCCCCGCCUACGAGGACAAAGCUCCUCCUCGAAGUUGCAGUUUCCAAGCUUCCGCCUCACAGAGCUGCCCUUUCCCGCUCGGCUCCUUCAGACUAGCCAACAGCAAUUGGCAAACACCUGGUGAAAGUGAAUAUCUGCAGAGGUCACUCUACCAGCUACUUCUCUGUGAAAUGCUGGUAAAAACGUUGCUAAAGGGUUAAUAGAGGAGCCAUGUAGUGGUGACGUCCUGAAAGCGACGUUUCAUAAAGCGCAGGAGCUUCUUAAAGAGACAGGCCCAAUUUCAAGGCGUUAAAUCACGAUGUGAAAUUUCUUUUAAGUCAUAUUUUACAUAGGUUUUUUCUUUUCCUAACAAUGAAGUUAACAGACAUCAAUGAUUAGCAAUUUAAAGUGUCUGGACAAUUUGAUCAAUGUAAAAUACUAGAGUAUUCAUUUCAAAAUGGCUUCAUUAAAAUAUUUUUAUGAGCAAAAAUGACCCAAAUAACAUAUUUGUAAAAAUAUAAGAAUGAAAGAAUGUACUCACAUGGAAGGUUGUAUUUCUUUUACUAUGACAUUUCUGCAGUAAUGUGUUUGUUUAAAGGCUUUGUCACGUCACAGAGGUACUGCAAUGCACGUGGUGUGUCCAACUCUGCAAUAUGUCAAUCCAAACCUAAAACAAAUGAGAAAGCAGAAUUGCUACAGUUUGUCAUGAUUACUGUUACAGAAAAAAACCCUCAUCGACAGUCCAGUGUAAAAUAUCGGGAUCUAAAGUUUAAAGACAUAAACUACAUAGUUUAUAUCGAAAUGUACAUAUAAAUGUUGGAACAGGAUGAAAAAUACACAUUGAAUUCAUCAGGACAAACACGUGUCCAAAGUUACCCCCGUGCACAAUUUCAUGUGACAAGCUGUUGUGUUUGAAAAUGUGUGCAACAAAGAGCCGGCCUUGCACAUAACAAAAUCUACAAAAAUAAAAAUAUAUUUUCUUUU